AUACAACCCCCUCUCUCUCUCUCUCUCUCUCUCUCUCUUGCUAUGUUAUGUCUGGAGCGAGAGUUUCUCAACUGACAAACCAAACAAACAACAAACAAGGAGUACUACCAAUGUCUAACGCGGAUAGCAUGUCCCUGUCCUCGGCGAGUGACACGCCGUUUUUGGGUCCUAGAACGGCGGCGAUGGAGCUCCAAGAACUGAGCCGGAAGCCCAUACACCACGUCACCCCGACUCUUGGGGAGCUCCUGCAGCGCGUCGGGGACGCCCAGACGGACUCUGACUCCACUCCGGACCACCAUGUCCUGGAGGUGUCCAACAACCCGAUUUCGUCUCCGUUCGUUCUGGCAUUCAAUAAUCUCACCUACAGCGUGAAGAUUCCCCGGAAAGUGACGGUUCCGGCAUGUUUCAGGCGGAGGAGGGAGCACGAGUUGCCCGAAAAUAUGAUGGAGAGCAACACAAAAGUUUUGCUUAAUGACGUCUCCGGCGAGGCUAGAGAAGGUGAGAUCUUGGCCGUCCUCGGCGCAAGUGGGUCCGGAAAAUCGACCCUAAUCGACGCCCUCGCGGACCGAAUCCACAAGGAGAGCCUCAAAGGAACCGUUACUCUGAAUGGGGAAAUCCUGGAGUCCAAACUCCUCAAGGUGAUCUCGGCCUACGUAAUGCAAGACGACCUUUUAUUCCCGAUGCUAACCGUCGAAGAAACCCUCAUGUUCUCCGCCGAGUUCCGCCUCCCCCGCUCCCUGUCGACGUCGAAAAAGAAGGCCCGAGUCCAACAACUUAUCGACCAACUAGGCCUCCGCAGCGCUGCGAAAACCGUGAUCGGCGAUGAGGGCCACCGGGGCGUUUCGGGUGGUGAAAGGCGUCGUGUUUCGAUCGGGAUUGAUAUUAUUCAUGACCCGAUUGUCUUGUUUCUCGAUGAACCUACGUCCGGGCUCGACUCUACGAGCGCGUUCAUGGUGGUUAAGGUGCUGCAAAGAAUUGCACAGAGCGGAAGCAUAGUGAUCAUGUCGAUUCACCAACCCAGUUACCGAAUCCUCAACCUGCUCGACCGCCUCGUCUUUCUCUCCAAGGGCCAAACCGUUUUCAACGGCUCUCCGACGUCUCUCCCUCUGUUCUUCGAAGAAUUCGAUCACCCGGUUCCCGAGAACGAGAACCGGACCGAAUUCGCACUGGACUUGAUCCGAGAGCUCGAAGGCUCUCCAGGCGGCACAAAAUCCCUCGUCGAUUUCAACCGAUCGUGGCGCAUCAAAACAGAGCGAAAACAGAGCCUAAAAAACAGAGCAGCCAAUCUGUCGCUAAAAGACGCGAUAAGCGCCAGCAUUUCUAGGGGCAAGUUAGUUUCUGGAGCAACCAACGUGGACUCAAAUCUCAGUGCAUCGGUGCCCACUUUCGCGAAUCCUUUCUGGAUCGAAGUGGCAGUGAUCGCGAAGAGAUCGUCGCUCAAUUCGCGGCGAAUGCCCGAGCUGUUCGGGAUGCGUUUGGGGGCGGUUUUGAUUACUGGAAUCAUACUUGCUACGAUGUUCUGGCACCUUGACAAUUCGCCAAAAGGGAUCCAGGAGCGAAUCGGGUUUUUCGCGUUUGCGAUGUCGACGACGUUCUACACUUGCGCAGAAGCCAUACCAGUGUUUCUCAUGGAAAGGUACAUCUUCAUGAGAGAAACAGCCUACAACGCCUACCGCCGCUCCUCCUACGUCCUCUCCCACGCCCUCUCCUCCAUCCCCUCCAUCCUCCUCCUCUCCCUGACCUUCUCCUCCAUAACCUACUAUGCGGUCGGCCUGGCGGGAGGCUUCCACGGCUUCCUCUUCUUCUUCCUCAUCGUCACCGCCUCCUUCUGGGCCGGCAGCUCCUUCGUCACCUUCCUCUCCGGGGUCGUCUCCCACGUCAUGCUCGGCUACACCGUCGUGGUCGCCAUCCUCGCCUACUUCCUCCUCUUCAGCGGCUUCUUCAUCACCCGGGACCGCAUCCCCGCCUACUGGAUAUGGUUUCACUACAUCUCCCUCGUCAAGUACCCCUACCAAGGGGUCCUGCAGAACGAGUUCGGCGACCCCAGCAAGUGUUUCGUGAGGGGGGUCCAGAUCUUCGAUAACUCGCCGCUGGGGAUCUUCCCGGAGGCGACGAAGCUCAAGUUGUUGAAGACAAUGAGCCAGACUCUGGGGAUGAACAUCACGAAUGCUACUUGCUUGACCAACGGGCCCGAUAUCUUGCAGACGCAGGCGGUCACGGAUUUGAGCAAGUGGAAUUGCUUGUGGGUUACUGUUGGGUUGGGGUUUUUUUUCAGGUUUCUGUUUUACGUUGCUUUGUCAGUUGGGAGUAAGAACAAGAGAAGGUAAGAGAUCAUCGAAGAAAGUUGGAGUGGUCGAAAUAAAACAACUGCAGCUGGCGAAAAAGGAAUAUUUGUUUCACUAAUACUUAAGGUUUUGGUAAUUUGGUUGGAUUACAAAAAAUGUGCAUUUGUUGUUUGUGUAACUCUUGAAUUCAAAGUUGCAAUUAUAAUUAGAGGGUAAUAAGCAAUUGUGAAAGUUCUUAGACUAA